ACCAAAAAGACAAAUAAUGAAAGAAAAAAAAUAUAAAGAUAGAAUCAUAAUUUGUAUUUAUGGUUACCUCUUUUGUAUGUUGAUGUGUGUUUCAAGUAUGAACCAAAAUCUAGUAAAAAAAAAAGAUGGUCUCUCAUUGUCUUAUGAGAGUUAAAUUAAUUAUGAUUAGUUUUCUUAAAUCAAAGAUUAGUAUAAUUAUAACUUUAUAGUAUAAUUAAUUAAUCAAGAAAAUCGAGAUUCUAAACGUGAAUCCAGCCAUGAAAACUCUUUUUUAAAACAGUCUUCUUCACUCACUGCACUUCUCUGCUCUGUCUCUUUCUUCUUCUUCUUCUUCUUCUUCUUUCUCAUUAAAAGCUGAACACAAAGAUCAAUUCUUUCACUAACACAUUGCCAGUUUCUGCAUUUGUUUUAUAUCCUUUUUUCUAAAGUCUGUUCCUUUUUUUCUACUUUUAACCAUUCUUUCUCCAUUCCCAGUUCUUAGAAGCAAUGAGGAAGCUUUUCUUGUUAGGGUUUGUAGUUGCAGGAAUGAUUCUGGUGACUGAAGCAAAAGGGUAUUUUGAGUUCAAUGUCACUGAGUUAGAUCACAUUGAAGAAUUAGAGUUUGGUUUCUCCAAAUUUAGUUCCAAUUUCAAUCCAUUAAUGGUUGGUCUCACACUUAUCAGAGGAGCUGGUUCCAAAGGAGCUGUUUGUUUGGAUGGAACAUUGCCUGGAUAUCACUUACAUCGUGGACAUGGAUCUGGAGACAAUAGCUGGCUCAUUCAAUUAGAGGGAGGAGGAUGGUGUGACAACAUAAGGAACUGUGUAUACCGAAAGAAGUCGCGUCGUGGUUCCUCUAACUAUAUGGAGAAACAGAUACAGUUUACAGGAAUACUUAGUAAUAAAGUUCAAGAAAAUCCAGAUUUUUUUAACUGGAAUAGAGUUAAGCUUCGUUAUUGCGAUGGUGGUUCCUUCAGUGGAGAUAGUCAGAACAAGGCUGCAGGGCUUCAGUUUAGAGGAGAGAAGAUAUGGAGAGCCGCAAUGGACGAUUUGAAAGCAAAGGGAAUGCGAAAUGCGAAACAGGCACUUCUAUCUGGAUGCUCUGCAGGCGGGCUAGCAGUGAUUUUACGCUGUGACGAAUUCAGAAACUUGUUUUCAGGAAAUACCAGAGUCAAAUGCUUAAGUGAUGCAGGCUUGUUCUUGGACACGCCCGAUGUAUCCGGUGGCCACACGAUAAGGAACCUAUAUAACGGCGUUGUGCAGUUGCAGGGAGUGAAGAACAAUUUGCCACAUUUAUGCACUAACCAUCUCAAUCCAACCUCUUGUUUCUUCCCUCAAAACUUGAUCAGUCAGAUGAAAACUCCUCUUUUUAUUGUCAAUGCAGCUUAUGAUAUUUGGCAGAUUCAAAGUAGUAUCGCUCCGCCAAGUGCAGAUCCUAGUGGUUAUUGGCAUGAAUGCAGAUUAAACCAUGGAAGAUGCACCCCAGCACAGAUCCGGUUCUUGCAAGGGUUUAGAAAUCAAAUGUUGAGAGCUGUGAGGGGUUUUUCGAAUUUGAAAAAGAACGGUUUGUUUAUCAAUUCUUGUUUUGCUCAUUGCCAAACCGAAAGACAAGACACUUGGUUCGCCGAUGAUUCUCCUGUUAUCCACAAAAUGGCUGUUGCGAUAGCGGUUGGAGAUUGGUAUUUUGAUAGAGCUGAAGUGAAGCUAAUAGAUUGUCCAUAUCCGUGUGAUAGGAGUUGCCACAAUCUGGUCUUCAGAUGAAUGAUCUCAUUUAUUUUUUCCUAUACGAAGUAGAAGUGAACAAAAAGUUUCAAUUCUUUUAUGUAUCAGUGAUCUUGUUGUAUUGUAUCCUUUUGUACGUACCAAUCUUCAUUGGAAAAUAGUUUUCCUAAAGAGAUUGGAUAUAAUGAAGAAAGGCUUUUGUUUUUCUUCAA